UAAAUUUUCAUUUUCUAUCGAUAUCUUUAUGAUUAUCGUGGCAGAUAGAAGAAAUAUGGUACAAACAUAUUAUUCCAACAAAGUAUUAGUAUAUACAGUUCCUUUUUGUUGCGUUAAAUAAAUUUCUACGACUGGUAUAACUGAUCGACUUAGAUUGUCAUUUCGUAUUCCGGAAGUGGUGAAAGGUAAUGUAGCGCCAUCAGUGCUCUACACGGAACAUACAAUAAUCGUGGAUCAAUUAACCUCUGCAUAGUCACGUUUUUCGCACGUGUUAUUCUUUCUGUAGAUUCCGUGGAUUGGAAUCUCGAUUCGUUAGGUAGCCCUUGGAUUUUUUUGUGCAGGUCUUCUGCUAGACAGUCAGCGCCACAUAUUUGUUCGCGAGUUGAAAAUUUCUCGAUGUUUUGUAAAAUUGAAAAAAUAUACGACGAUAAGAAGGCUUCGUUAUCCAGUGAUUCGAAUUCUUCCAAUAUUUUACUCGAAAAAAAUUGACUUUCGUAAAAGUCGGAGCUAUAUUUGGAUAUUAUACUGACUUCGAAGUAAACGCGUGAACUUCCGGCCAAGACAAGCCCAUGUGGACAGCAGCGGUGACUCCGAUCAUUCCGUGUUAAGGCUGUAUCUCGUGUUCCCGUGAAAAAAAGCUUUUCGGCGGAUAAUCGCGCGUAUACCGCGAAAGUCAUCGCAGUAUGGCUGAUUUGGAUGAUUUCUUCGCGAAAAAGGAUCGCAAAAAAGCGAAGGGGAAGAAGUUUACUACCACAGAGGAAAUAGCGAAGAAAUUGGAGGAGACGGGAAAACGGUCGGGAAAGAAAUUGAAAGACAAACCACUGAACCCGGAAGGUGAAGAGACUCAACAGACCGAGGAUGAAGACGAAUGGAAGGAAUUUGAGGAAGAGAAGAAGGACUAUACUGGUUUAAAAAUUGGAAAUCUGACGAUUAAUGAAUCUGUGGAUGUAGAAUCAGACGACGAAAAAGGUACUGUGGAUAACAGUUCGGACGGAGAAUCUGGAGAAGGUGGCCCCAAACAUUUAGGGCCAUGGAAAAAGCCUGAAGCCCGUCCACAACCAGAAGUAACAGAAGUAGUAGCUCCUCCUCCUCCACCUGUUACUUCGGGAAGUAGUUACAAACCACCACAUUUAAGGAAUAUUCAGCCUGUUGCUGCUAGUCCCAGACAACGGGCAAAGAACAUUGCACCAGAUAUACAUAGCGAAGAAUAUUUCCCAACUUUGAACUCGAAACAGCAGCAAAGCAAUGAACCCACUGGACCAUGGGGCAGGCGGAAACGAGACGAAGGAACGUUCGAGGAAGUGCGUAAUAGAGGGGGAAGCAGAUCAUACAGCAUGCAAGAUUCGCAAGCUCAAGCGCCCAAGCUCUCUCUGGGUAACAAGUACGGUGCCCUCUCGCAAGAUCAAAGCUGAAAUCUUCCUUGAUUUGAUCAAAACGACAAACAGUUAUCAUAUUACGUCAUCGCCUUUCUCCGUUUCGUGGCCCAGCUACGCUAUCAAAUAUGUUUUCUAGGAUAGAACACGAAGAACAUGUACGAUAGUUACGCAUCAUCGAUCACGUACAUGCCCUAGCUUCGAAAGGCCCAGGUUGUAAGUCCGUUUCGCUCGAUAGGAAUGACGUCGUCCUAUCACGAAACUGGAUGCACGCUCCAUAAGAAACAAUUGCUGCUUGCGACGGAUUUCGUAACGCGGAGAUUUAUUUUCAUACGUGAGACAUGCUCAAACACGUUUAGCACCAAUUUUGUAUUUAAGUUUUUUUUUUAUCGAAGAUGAUGGGAAGCCAGGAGUUCGCGCGACGGAACCGGACGUCGAGAUAGGACACUCGUUAGUUUCACGCGAGACGUCGACUCGAAGCGGAUUAUAGUCGCGCGAUCGCUCUAUUUUUACACGGUGCUGUUUUUAUUUAGCGUGCAAGCUUUGCUAUCGAUCGCCGUUGAAUCGUCAUGGAAAUAUAUAGGUUAGGGCACUGGUAUACAGAAACCGGACAACCUUAACGAGAAGGAUAAAGUACCUAGAGAUACUGUUGCACGAGUCGCUCGAUAAGCUCGGUGAUUGUAGAGUGAACUGUGUUGCUCGCGAUCACAAGGUUGAUGAUCCGCUUGGGCCGUGUUUUUUGUUUGAGAGUAAUCGUUUCGCUCAACGGUAACGUACGUCAACGAACACAAAAGUUUAGAUGAAUUAAGAUACGUAUAUAUAAAUAUAAAUAUAUAUAUAUAUAUGAUAAUUAAAAGUUAUUGAAUUCCGGGGCUGGGCUUUGGAACGGUGCAAACCAUCCUAUAUACACGUCAAGACCAGAGAAAUACGAGGAGAAAGAAAAUGGUACAGAUAAAAACACGCAGAAUACAUCCGAGAAAUGAAAAGGAAGAGUGCAUAUGAACAAAGUAGAGACGUGACUGUCUCGAAUAAAAGAAAAUGCAAAAAUUGAAUGUAUGUAUACACUUUUGUUGACGCUUGUUUAUUUUCGUUGAUUUUUGGAUUUUUUUUCGCGAAUAAGAAACAAAGACGAAAGUAGAGAGUGUUACAACACGUUUUUGGGAUUCUCUUGUGCGAUUGGGAGCUCGGGGUGCUAGCGCUGGUAGUUUUUUUGAGAGGCAAAAGUUAGCGAAAGAAAGAUGGAAAGCGUAGAAUCGAAGAAACGAAGCGAUUCGAUGAAAAGAAUAUGAGAGCCAUACACGCAGAAGCGAAAAGAAGAAAGAAAAAUAAACGGAGCCUUGUAUAGUGAACGAUAAGAAGAAAAAAUGUGAUUAUUUAUAAUAAAUUUCCUAGGACAACUUAUACGUACUGCCUGAAGCAUUUUACUUUUGUGAACCACCCAUGAUGUGUCGGUGAUAGUUGCUCAAACGAGAGUAAUCAGCGACUGAUUUUUUUCACAAUCGUUUUACCCGAAGAAUUAAAGGCACUUUUCACGGGCAUUUCCACGUAUAGAAGUACGCAAUUCUGUGUGCGAGGUAUAAAGCCACUCGUUUGAUUGGCCGAUCAUUUCGUUCGUUUCGUUGCUCAUUGUUCGUGUACAGGAUGGACCAGCAAUUAUUGAUAUCGCAAUCAUUUUCCACUUAUAAAUCGAUAA